GUCUCGGGACUCGGUAUCCGUAAUUCAUAGACCCCGACCGUGUUGACGAGCGAUGCAGCGCACGACGCAGUUGCCGCAAAACGCGGCGUCGGAAUCCACGUUAUUAGGUGGAAUACACCGUCGCCGUCUCCAUCAUGCUUUCUCUGGCUCCUGUCGUCGGGUUCCAGCUGCCAUUUCUUCGGCAUGGGCAUCCACUAUGACUGCCACAACUCAGCAGCAGCAGCCCCGCCUCGCGCAAUUAAAUCCUCAAUCGCUUGUGGCACCAUACCGGCAGCGGAGGGUAACCGUGAACCCCCACAUUCCCGCUUCGCUGUCGCCAAGUGCAAGCCAGGAGACAGAGGAAGGGGAAGAGGAGGAUGAGGAGCAGCAGCAACUCUGGACCCCGUCCGACGACCCCGAGGCCGCCGCAGCGGGCGCCGCUCGGCUGCUGGCGCUCAUGUCAGCGCUGCCGGAGCUGGCGGGCGCGGCUGGCGGGGCGGCGG